AUGUCUGGUACAGGUGGCAAUGACUCAAGCGCCACACAUGAGAAGAAGAAGCCUGCGCCGCUCAUGGCAAUCAAAUAUGUACCGACGACUGAACACCAAUCAAACCAUCUGGCUCCAAUGAAGCCUUUGGCCAUGCCGUCGCCGCUCUCUCCAGCUUUCAUGUCUCCAGGUCAACAACAUCCUCUUCUUGCGCCAUCUACGGUCCCCUCUAGUCCAGCGUACGGCUUACAGGCACCGCAGCCACCCCCAUACCUACAAGGAGACCCGCCAUCACCUGCUUACAGUCAAUCCUCGUUUGUGCCCCUCAACUCCUUGAAGCAAGAUGAGGCGCAUCCUUUGGACCUUCAACCCCCACGGCUCGGCCAGAGUCCCUAUGGUAACGGGAACGUUCCCAACGGCAGCACUCACAGCAUCUACAACUACUCGACAGACUGGAUCCCUAUGCAACCUCCGACCCCAAGGAAUGGUGGGUUCGGGAUUAGCAGCACCGGACUACCGAUUACGGCAGCAGAUGCCGAGGCUGAGGCCUUGGCACUGAAAAAGCGAAAGAGGCUCCGAACGAUGGUUUUUUGCGGUAUUCCGGCGGUGGCGGUCCUCAUUGCCCUGACACUGGGCGUUGUUUUUGGCUUUAUGCGAUACGGAUCAAGUGGCACCUCUUGA